GCCUCCGCCUCUUCCCGGGGAGGGAAGGAGGCGGCCAUCCCGCCCACCGGCUGGCGGGAGACUUAAAGUGGGCUGGAACAGCCGGGAGCCCCGAGUGCUCCCGCUCUGCGCCGCCAUGUCCACCCCCGCCAAGCGGCACUGCCGCAGCCCCGCCGGCUCCCUCGACUCCAGCUUCCAGAAACGCCUCAGGAAGAUUUCCAUCGAGGGGAACAUCGCUGCAGGGAAGUCAACAUUUGUCAGGCUACUAGAGAAACACAGCGAUGAGUGGGAGAUCAUCCCUGAGCCCAUCGCCAAGUGGUGCAACAUCCAGACAGCCGAAGAUGAAUACGCGGAACUUUCAACAUCUCAGAAGAGUGGAGGAAAUCUACUUCAAAUGCUGUACGAUAAACCUACAAGAUGGGCUUACACAUUUCAGACUUAUGCUUGCUUGAGCAGAGUAAGAGCACAAUUAAAACCUGUCUCAGCCAAGCUACAUGAAGCAGAACAUCCAGUGCAAUUUUUUGAGAGAUCUGUGUACAGUGACAGAUAUGUAUUUGCUUCCAACCUGUUCGAGUCUGGAAAUAUUAAUGAAACAGAGUGGGCUAUUUAUCAAGACUGGCACACAUGGCUUUUGAAUCAGUUUGAAUCAGAUAUAGAACUGGAUGGCAUGAUCUACCUAAGAACCACACCUCAGAAAUGCAUGGAAAGACUACAGAUGAGGGGAAGAGAAGAGGAGCAAGGAAUUGAGCUGGAAUAUUUGGAAAACCUCCACUAUAAACAUGAAACCUGGCUUCAUGAAAGGACUAUGAGAGUUGAUUUUGAGAACCUUAAAGAGAUUCCAAUUCUCGUUCUGGAUGUUAAUGAAGAUUUUAAGAAUGACAAGAUUAAACAGGAGUACCUGAUUGAUAAAGUCAAGUCUUUCCUGACUUCUUAAGAAAUGAAAAUUAAUUUGGAUGACAAGUUCCUGAAGUUCAAGAGUUAAACCUAACAAUCAGUGUGUUCUUAGACAAUUUAGUUUAACGGAAUAUAUUACCUGGAUAACUUGUUUUAAGGCAAGAACUGAAGUGCAAACUAUGGUUUUGGGGGUUUUGGAGUUGUUUUGGGUUUUUCAGGUUUUUUUUGCUUUUGUGGUUUUUGAUAGAAUUUUCUGCAUAGCUAAAGCAAACAAAUACAGAGUGCUUUGAUAAUGUACUUUGUGUAUAUUCUCUGCUGUUUAAUAAAGAUUUUGAAAUAAAACUGACUAGUAACUGGCUU